AUGUCCCGUGAAUUGAUGGUCGAAACCGGCGGUGAGCUCAUCGGCAACACCCCUCUCCUCAAACUCAACAAGAUCGGAAAGGAUCUCGACGCCUCCAUCGCUGUCAAAGUCGAGUACAUGAAUCCAGCCUGCUCCGUCAAGGAUCGUAUCGCCUUUAAUAUGAUUGACUCCGCCGAGAAGGCCGGAUUGAUCCAUCCCGGAAAGACUGUCCUAAUCGAGCCAACCAGUGGAAACAUGGGAAUCGCAUUGGCCUAUUGUGGAAAACUCCGUGGCUACAAAGUCAUUCUUACCAUGCCAGCAUCCAUGAGCAUCGAACGUCGGUGUCUUCUGAAGGCCUACGGAGCCGAGGUCAUCCUCACCGAUCCCGCUACCGCUGUGAAGGGCGCUGUCGAGAGAGCCGAACAACUUCGGGAUGUGAUUCCAAAUGCUUACAUAUUGAACCAAUUCGGAAAUCCUGCCAAUCCAGAGGCUCAUUACAAAACUACGGGACCAGAAAUCUGGAGACAGACCCAAGGAAAAGUGGACAUCGUUUGUUUUGGUGUCGGAUCGGGAGGCACGUGUACCGGAGUCGGGCGGUUCCUGAAGGAGAAGAAUCCAAAUGUGCGAGUGUAUCCAGUUGAGCCAUUCGAGAGUUCCGUUAUCAAUGGAUUGCCACACAGUCCACACAAGAUUCAAGGAAUGGGAACCGGAAUGAUUCCUGAUAUCCUCGACCUGAAACUCUUCACCGAAGCUCUUCGUGUUCACUCCGACGAUGCUAUCGCAAUGGCUAAACGUCUUGCCGAUGAGGAGUCAAUCCUCGGUGGAAUCUCAUCUGGAGCCAACGUGUGUGCCGCUGUCCAGCUCGCCAAACGUCCCGAGAACAAAGGAAAAUUGAUUGUGACCACUGUGAACAGUUUUGGAGAACGUUAUUUGUCAACGGCUCUCUACCACGAACUCCGCGAAGAAGCCGCCAAUAUGAAGCAAUUGAAUCUCGACGACUCCAUUAAAAUCGCCAAGGCCUAUUUGAAAAUCUAA